AAUCUGAAAUUGUAUAUAAAAGCAACCAGGCGAUGUUAAUAGGUCAUUAGUUCUAAUAAACUUCAUCAAUUACUAAACAUGUUCGCUAAGGUUGUUGUUCUUUGCUUCACUGUGGUUGCUGUUCAGGCUUCCAACAUUGUCAGCCAUGUUGGUUUAGGUGCUCCAUUAAUCAGUUCUGGUCUCCAUGGCAUCGCUACUAAAUCUGUCUUGGUCGCUCCCGCCACCUUAUCUUCUCAAAAGGCUGUCAUUAAUCACGUUGCCCCAGUUGCUCAUAGCGCUCCCGUAGCAAUUAGUUACGCUGGUCACGGUUUAGUUGCUGGACAUGGCAUCGCAGCCGCUCCUGCCACCAUUGCUACACAAAAGGCUGUCAUCAACCACGUUGCCCCAGUUGCUCAUGGUGCUCCCGUAGCAAUUGGUUACGCUGGCCAUGGCUUAGUUCCUGGACAUGGCAUUGCAGCCGCUCCUGCAACCAUUGCUACACAAAAGGCUGUCAUCAACCACGUUGCCCCAAUUGCUCAUGGUGCUCCCGUAGCAAUUGGUUACGCUGGUCAUGGCUUAGUUGCUGGACAUGCCAUUGUAGCCGCUCCUGCCACCAUUGCUACACAAAAAGCUGUGAUCAACCACGUUGCCCCAGUAGCUCAUUAUGCUCCAGCUAAAAUAGGACAUGGAUUACUCGCUAUGCCUGUUCUUGCUGUUAAAGGAAUCCAUGCCGUACCCGCAACAGUUGCUACUCAAAAAGCUGUUAUUAACCAUGUUGCUCCUGUCAAUCAUCAUGUGGCCGCUGUCCCUAUUGCUGCUCCAGCUGCCAUUGGAUACGGUAGUCAUGGACUCGUUGCUGGUCUCGGGCUUAUCGGAGCUCCUUUAGCUUCAGGGCAUGGUUUGCUUUGAUCUUCAUACGACCUUUGCUAUAAAUCUACUCAUUUGAUCUGAGUAUUAGGAAAAGCUAUUUUAUAAAUUAUUAAUUUUUUGAACAUACUGUAAAAUAGGACUAUAUAAAUAAAAUAUAUAUAAGACAAAAA